UUGCGUUUUGGUUUGUUGCGAUUUUCCAAGAUUUUCGGCCGCUUUCUUCUUCAUUUGUUCAAAAUCCUGAAUUCAUGUUUUCUUCUUCUUCCUGCGCUUCCUACCUACAGCAGCUCCACACGUCUGAGCUAGCAGGGCUAGCUACGAGGUCACGUCGUCAAGCUAGGAAGCUUCUCGACUGGUUGAUGUUCAACAACAAAUGAAUAAACCAAUGUGUAUCCAAAAGCUACUCAUUUCUCUGUUUCCAUCUUCCGUAUUCACCUUCUCCUCUAGCAAAGCUCCCUUGUGCAUCUUUAGCAAGCUCACAAGCUCAUCCUUAGAGAGAUUUGUGUGGCAUAACUGUGACCUUAUCAACAUGAGUUAUGUUGAAGCAACAUUACUAUCAGACUAUGGGCGCUUUGUUGAUCUUGUGAAUGAGGAAGUGAACAAACAUCGUCUGAUAUUUGUGAGCAGUGUUGGUAAUAGCGGGCCAAGAUUGAGCACUGUUGGUGCACCUGGUGGUACAUCUUCCAGUAUCAUAGGUGUUGGCGCAUAUGUAUCUCCUGCUAUGGUUGUUGGUGCUCAUUGUGUUGUUGAACCUCCAUCUGAUGAGCUUGAAUACACUUGAGGCAGCAUUGUAGAGGACCAAACUGCAUCCAAUGUUCAUGAAGAGCACCUUGCUAGAGCAAGCUCAAGCCAUCUAACGCCCAACCAUAGUAGCACUCUGCCAUGUAACACCCUGAAAUAUUAUUAAUUAUAAAUCUAUGUUUGAUUGUGUUUAGCUUGUUGUUUGAAUAUAUGUUUGACUUGAAUGAUUUGAAAUACGACUUGAAUUAUUCAUGUGUGAAUUUCUUGAUGUGGAUGUUGAGUUAUGUGGAGUUUUGUUGAGCAAAGUUGAAAUUAUGAGAUUUUAGAUUUUUGCCUAAACCUAGUUCAUAAAAAUCGUGA